UCCCCACUAAGCCCACCCCCCAUAUCUAACACCUCUCCAUUCUCUUACAUAUAUCACUUCUUUUUCAAUCAAUACUCUAUUUAUUUACCUCCCAAAUGUUGAUAGUUUCAUGGCGGCAGCUGGACGCCCGCUGGAGCUCAUCUCACUGACUACUCAUCACACCACAUCCGCUCAUCAAACAGCGCGUAUUAUGUGGAACAAUAAGCAGCAAAUCUCCGACGAUCAUGACGAUGAUUCUUGGGAGGUCCGAGCCUUUGAGGAGGACACCGCAGGCAGCCUAACGGGCAUCACAUGGCCACCACGCUCCUACACUUGCACGUUUUGCCGGAAGGAGUUCCGGUCUGCCCAAGCCCUCGGUGGUCACAUGAACGUGCACCGACAGGAUCGUGCCCGCCUACGUGGAGCCCCACCACUCGCCCCUAAUAAAGCUACUACAUCCAGUGUCCUCAUUCCCACUCAACAACUUGGACUCUGUCUCCUCUAUUCCUUACCAAACCCUAACGGCGUCCUAAUUCCAGCGCCAACAAACGUGGCAAUGGAUUUUCCAUUGAUUGAAACAGACAGCGCUCUCUCAUCCCAUUGUCAGUCUAGCAACACCGAACCAUCAGCUUCAACUAGCAAUGACAAUAACUAUCACAUUCGUGGCCGUAACAUUGAGAUGGGCGUCAAAGAUUCAACAAUUGAAGAGCUUGAUCUAGAGCUUCGAUUGGGACGCAAAUAGCCAGCAGCCACCACCGGAGGAGGGAAGAUAAAACUGUUGUUUUUCACCUAUCAUGUGAUUCCAUAUAGAGAUAUUACUUUAUAUGCAAGAUUAGUUUGUUUCCA